CCUGUAUUGUUCCUGCUUCCUGUCAGCAGCUUUACGGCAGCUUCAGGUUACAACCCUCGCUGUGGGUCCUUCGCUCGUCACUGCUGCUGCCGCCGCCGUUGAGCAGCAUUUAUCGGGACAUCCAGCCAUGCAGCAACUUUUCUAGUCGAUAAAAUGACUUCACCGUCGAGGAUUUAGCGAGUUUCAGUUGUUGAAUACUUUAACCCCCCCCCCCUCUUAAAGUGCGCUCAGCCGUUGGACCUGUCAAUCAUGAGGAGCAGGAGCAACUCCGGCGUUAAGUUGGACAACUAUGCCCGGAUGGUGCACCAGACUAUCCUGAGGCACCAAGACCCGGUCACCGGUCUUCUGCCGGGCAGCGCUGACCAGCCUCACUCGUGGGUCAGAGACAACGUCUACUGCGUCCUGUCUGUGUGGGCCCUCAGUCUGGCCUACAGGAAGAACGCCGACCGGGACGAGGACAAGGCCAAGGCCUACGAGCUGGAGCAGAGCGUGGUGAAGCUGAUGAGAGGAAUCCUUCAGGGCAUAAUGAGGCAGCUGGAUAAGGUGGAGAAGUUUAAAUACAGCCGGAGUACCUCAGACUCGCUCCACGCCAAGUACAACACCAGGACCUGUGCUCCGGUGGUCGGAGACGACGAGUGGGGUCACCUGCAGGUGGACGCCACCUCGCUCUUCCUGCUCUUCCUCGCUCAGAUGACGGCAUCCGGUCUCCACAUCGUCUACACACAGGAUGAAGUGGACGUUGUUCAGAACCUGAUGUUCUACAUUGAGGCGGCUUACAAAGUGGCCGAUUAUGGGAUGUGGGAGAGAGGGGACAAGACCAACCAGGGCAUCACUGAGAUCAACGCCAGCUCUAUAGGCAUGGCAAAGGCGGCUCUGGAGGCUCUGGACGACCUGAACCUGUUCGGAGCCAAAGGAGGACCUGGAUCUGUGGUCCACGCGCUGGCUGACGACAUCCAGCACUGCCAGUCCAUCCUGACGUCCAUGUUACCCAGAGCCUCCAUGUCUAAGGAGGUGGAUGCCGGAGUGCUGGCCAUCAUCUCGUACCCGGCCUUCGCCGUGGACGACAUCAGCAUCGUCAACGCGACCAAGGAGGAGAUCAUCUCCAAGCUGCAGGGGCGAUACGGCUGCUGCAGGUUUCUCAGAGAUGGACACAAAACACCCAAAGAGGAUCCAAACCGCCUGUACUACGAGUCUGCGGAGCUGAAGCUGUUUGAAAACAUCGAGUGCGAGUGGCCUCUGUUCUGGACCUACCUCAUACUGGACGGCAUCUUCAUCAACAGCCCCGAGCAGGUGCAGGAGUACCAGGAGGCUCUGGAGGGCAUCCUGAUCAAACAGAAAGACGGGAUUCGGCUGCUGCCGGAGCUCUACAGCGUCCCCCCAGACAAGGUGGAGGAGGAGUACCUGAACCCCCACUCUGUGGAGAGGAUCCCGCUGGGCAAAUGUCCUCUGAAAUGGGGACAGUCUCUGUACAUCCUGGGGAACCUUCUGUCCGAGGGAUUUCUCGCCCCCGGAGAGAUCGACCCUCUGAACCGACGUUUCUCCACCAUCCCCAAGCCGGACGUGGUGGUACAGGUGUCAGUUCUUGCAGAGACGGAGGAGAUUAAAGAGCUGCUGCUGAAGAACGGCAUCGAUGUGGAGACCGUCGCCGACAUCCACCCGAUCCACGUGCAGCCCUCCAGAGUGCUCAGCCACAUCUACGCCAGACUCGGCCGUAACCCGAGGCUGGGUCUGACGGGACGGCCCUACAGGAGAAUCGGAGUGCUGGGAACCUCCAAGUUCUACACCAUCAGAAACACCAUCUUCUCAUUCACCCCUCAGUUCAUCGACCAUCAGCAGUUCUACUUGGCUCUGGACAACAAAAUGAUCGUGGAGAUGUUGAGGACGGAGAUCGCCUACCUCGCCUCCAGAUGGAGGAUGACCGGGAGACCCACCGUCACGUUCCCCAUUUCUCAGACGAUGCUGACUGAAGACCACACAGACCUGGACCCGGCCGUGUUGGCCACACUGAGGAAGCUGCACGACGGAUAUUAUGGAGGAGCACGGAUCCAGACGGGGAAGCUGUCGGAGUUCUUGACCACUUCCUGUUUCGCUAACCUGAGCUUCCUGGACGGUAAGGGUUCUGGCAGCAUGAGCCGCCACGACGAAGAGUAUGAUGAGGGUGACGGCGAUGGAUACGUGCAUGAGUUACGUUAUGAUGAUGAGGCUGACGACCUCGCUCAGUACCUGGACCACCUGUUGGCUCACGCUGCCCCCAAGAAGCCCAAACAGCAGGCGGGGGGUCUGGGGAGGUUCAAGGCUCUGGCCACCAAAACCAAGGAGAUGGUGUCUCUGAUGAACAAGGCACAGCACCUCGACGUGCAGAACGUCAACAUGUACCUGCCCAACAAGCUGUUCCGCUCCCCUCAGCCCUCUCUCAACCUGAACCUCCCAGACUCCUCAGCACCGCAGGAAGCUCGGGCUCCGGAGAUGACGGUCACGCCAGAGAGCGGCGUCCCCAGAGAGGCCAGCGGCGGCGUCGACUACGAGGCUUUGGUCCAGCUGCUGAAGCACACGCAGAGCCUGCAGGACCAGGCUGAUAUCCUCUACAUCCUCUUCAAAGACAAAGGCAUGGACUGGGACACUCACCUGCACGGCAAAAGCUCCACGGUGAGAUCUCUGCUGUCCGACCUUUACGAGAAGGCCGGUGAGCUCAAACACUGGAGCCUCAUCAGGAUGAUCUCCGGCAUGCUGAAGAAGAAGGUGGAGGAGCUGGACUCGGCCUGCUCUGAUUUGCUGGCUCAUCAGAAGCACCUGACGGUGGGUCUGCCCCCCGAGCCCCGAGAGAAAACCAUCAGCGCCCCCAUCCCUCCAGACCAGCUGGCGGCUCUCAUCGACGAGGCCAGCGACAACAACAUCAGCGUGGCCAUACUCACUCAGGAGAUCAUGGUGUACCUGGCUAUGAGCAUCAGGACUCAGCCCAGCCUGUUCAGCGAAAUGUUCAGGCUCCGGAUCGGUCUCAUCAUCCAGGUCAUGGCCACCGAGCUGGCCCAGUCACUCAACUGCUCAGGAGAGGAGGCUACAGAGAGUCUGAUGAGUCUCGGUCCCUCCGAGCUGAAGAAUCUCCUCCAUCACAUCCUCAGCGGGAAAGAGUUUGGCGUGCAGCGCAGCGUCAGAGGGCUGGAUGCCGGCGUCAGUCCUGCCAUCUCCAUCCAUCACCUGGGGAACGUGGGCGCCACCAAGAGCGAGAGAGCCGGCAUCAGCAAACUGAAGAGCGACAUGAAGAUGCUGGAACACAGGUUGUCUGUGACGGAUCCCAGUAAGGCGGAGCACAGGUUGUCCUUGACGGAUCCAUUUAAGAUGGACCGCAGGGUGUCUUUGACUGACUCAGUGAAGCUCGACCAGUCACUGACCUCCACUCGCAAGGGCGUUAGAUCGCAGUCGCUGGACAUAGAAACCUUUGAAUCUGGGAGGUACAGGCUGCAGUCCAUAGAAUCUCUGGACAUUCCGGAAUACUUGCCGGUCGCAAAGGAUACCAGACAGGGCCAAUGGCUGCGCAGGAGGCGUCUGGACGGAGCGUUGAACCGGGUCCCUGUUGGCUUCUACCAGAAAGUCUGGAGGAUCCUGCAGAAGUGCCACGGUUUGUCCAUAGAAGGGUUCGUCCUUCCUUCAUCAACUACCAGAGAGAUGACACCAAGAGAGAUCAAAUUCUCCGUCCACGUGGAGACGGUCCUGAACCGCGUCCCUCAGCCCGAGUACCGACAGCUGCUGGUGGAGGCCAUCCUGGUGCUCACCAUGCUGGCCGACGUGGACAUCCCGAGCAUCGGCUCCAUCAUCCACGUGGAGAAGAUCGUCCAUCUGGCCAACGACAUGUUCCACAAGGAUCAGAGGGACCUGGGAGCAGAGGAGCACAUCCUGGAGCGGGACCCGUCCACGGGAGUGUGCAGGCUGCUGUACGACAGCGCCCCCAGUGGCCGCUUCGGGAGCAUGACCUACCUGACCAAGGCCGUGGCGGUGUACGUGCAGGACUUCCUGCCCAGCGGGUCGUGCGCGGUGCAGUGAGACGUCGACCCCGUGACACCAGAGAGAGGGGUGAAACCACUCGGUAGUAAAGAUCAAGUUAAAAUAACCACUGCAGGCGCUGUAGCAUUAAUGCACUUCUGGUUCUCUAGUUAUGGACAGAUUAUGAGACAAUGGACCCAGACGUAAAGGGCCCCGUCUUUUCCGUCGUUUUGCAGCACUUUGUAGAGGUUUUCCGUCUCUUUUUGGCUGUUUUGCAUCUCUUGGUGAUAGAAUUCUGUCUCCGCAUCUCUUUUUGGUAAUUUUUUGCAAAUUUAACAUUUAGUUUUAUAAAAUCUAAAUAAUUCUCAUUGCCUCGCAUAAAACAUGUCACUUUACCUCCAGUCCUACAUGCUGUACGAUGUAUAAAAUAAUGAAGAAUAUUACAUAAUAAUAAUCUAUUGACUAUUUAUUUUACAGCUCUAAAAUGAUAAUCAAAGGAAGCUAAAAAAGAUGUGUUAAAGAGGACGCAGGUCUAUUUGGGAGAUUUCUUGAAUCCCUUAACUGUGUGUGUGUGUGUGUGUGUGUGUGUGCGUGCGUGUGUGUGUGUGCGUGUGUGUGUGUGUGUGUGUGUGUUGUGUGAGCGAGAGAAACUAAAUUUGUUGAUAUAUUAGAACCAACUUAUUUUUUCACGCAUAAAGAACUUCUAUUGUAGAAAUUAAAGCGUUUUCAGCUUAAAGUUAUCUUUGUGAUGAAAUAAGGGAAAUGCCUAAAUUUACUGCUUUCAUUGGCUAAACUGCAACUUUUGAGUUGUUUUUUUUUUUUAGUUUAAUUGCAGUAAAACUUAAAGCCAUUUACUCAUAUUUUACAAUUUAUUGACCUUUAACUAUUUAAUACACAAAGGUUUGAAGGAUUCAGUGUCUGGUUCACUGUGAGAAAUGUCCGUUUGCUUAAAUGUACAAUAACCAGACUGAUCAAUCAUUGUGAGACUCCAUGUGAACUACAAACCAUCAUGGCUGAACGAGUGAGUCACGUCUCUACGUGGUAAUAAACUGUGAAAAGAAAGGAAGCGUUCAUUUCUCUGUCACUAGACACCAGAAUCCACUGAACAACUGUUGGAUGUUUUUCUUGUUUUUGAGAUUCAUUCUGUAAUAAAACUUAGAAGAACAAGUC